AUGAACUUAACAACAUUUGGUCAAGUGGUCUUGGGUCCUCCUGGUUCUGGUAAGUCUACAUACUGUGCUGCAAUAAAAAAUUUUCUGACUGGCAUAGGUCGAAAGGUGAUUAUUGUAAAUCUUGAUCCUGCUAAUGAUAAUAUGCCAUUUGUCCCUGAUAUUUGCAUUACUAGUUUAGUAACUUUAUCUGAUGUUAUGGAUUUAUUGAAACUUGGACCAAAUGGAGGCCUUGUGUACUGUAUGGAGUUUUUAGAGAAAAAUUUUGAUGUCAUUGAAAAAAAAUUAAAAGAGUUUCAAGGUUGUUACAUCAUAUUUGAUUGUCCUGGCCAAGUAGAAUUAUUUACGCAUCAAAAUUCUAUCAAAAAUAUCUUCCAAAGAUUACAAAAACUUGAUUUUAGGCUUGCCGCAGUUCAUUUAGUUGAUUCACAUUACUGUAAUGAUUCAGCAAAGUUUAUCUCUGUGUUAAUGACAUCAUUAUCAACCAUGUUACAAAUUGAAUUGCCACAUAUUAAUGUUCUUUCGAAAAUUGAUCUUGUUGAAAAAUAUGGAAAAUUAGCAUUUUCUAUGGAUUACUUCACAGAUGUCAUGGACUUGAACUACUUGCUUGACAUUGAAAAUGAUGAUGUGUUUGUUAAGAAGUUUAGGAAAUUGAAUGAAGCAAUGAUCAGUAUAAUUCAAGAUUACAGCUUAGUUUCAUUUUCAGUUUUAAAUGUCCAGAGCAAAGAAAGCAUGUUAAACUUGAUGAAAAUUAUUGAUAAAGCUAAUGGAUAUUUUUAUGGUGGACUCUCUGAGGAAAGUGAUGAUGUGAUGAAGAUGAUGUCACAAGCAGUUGGUGUUGAUUUAAAUUUCAACGAAAAUCAAAAUAAAAAUAUCAUGUACGAAGAUUGAAAUUGCUUGAAAUUACCAAAAGAUCAUCGAACCAUCAUUCCCAAGAAAAAAACUGUUGCAUAUUGAAGGUGUUGCAACAGGUAAAUUAGAGAUAAUGCUCACUAUUUCUAGAAAUAUGGUGAUUGCUUCUUGACAUGUUGAUUGUUUCUGUGAUAACACUGGUUGUUUCUAGAAAUUCUAAUGAUGCUGGUCAAUUAAAACAUUAGCCAAACAUCAGACAAGUUUUUUUUAAAUACUUUAUGUGUAAGUUAUUUAAAUGAUAAUACAAGUGCUAAUU